CUAAACUGUCGUCUGUCACCUGAAGUUCAAUUUGCUCGAUCUCCUCUCAAUAAUGUUAUUUUAAUUUUUUAAGCUAAUUAUCUUGAGAAUCAUGAAUCGCAUUUGUCCCAAUUUUUGUAAGGUCGAAUUGUUCUUUAGCCUUCUUAAAAGUAACCUGCAUACAACUGGACCACAACAAGCAUGGGCUAAGUCAGACUUACCAAAAACAUUUUUAACCUUCAAUAAAAAAAUAUAUCCUCCUCAAGAAAUUGGAGAAGAACCUAGGCCUGCUUUUGUAUGCCAUCAAAAAACGAAUAUUAAAUACAGUCCAGAAAAACUGUGGUAUGUUGCUUCUUUAGUCCGAGGAAUGACAGUAGAUGAAGCUGUAAAACAACUCAGUUUUGUAAACAAAAAAGGGGCAGUUUUUGUAAAAGAAGCUAUUCUCGAAGCACAAAAAUUGGCAGUGACUGAACAUAAUGUUGAAUUUAAAAGCAAUCUUUGGAUAGCUGAAUCAUUUUCUGGAAAAGGUAUGGUAAUAAAAGGGAUUAGAAGACAUGCAAGAGGGAGAAUUGGUGAGGUUAGGUAUCAAUAUAGCCACUACUUUGUUCGUUUGGAAGAAGGAAAACCACCAGAGGAUUAUUAUAAGAGGAACCCACUCACUCCUCAACAGCAAUUGGAUAAGUGGUUGGAAUCAAUGCGUAAAAGAAAAAUAACAAAUUCAUACUAAGAUUGCUCAUAAGUUGUUUUCUACUUACAAAGUUCUUUUAUGAAGACCCUUGUUCUUUUAGUCAAUCAAUGAAGAACCAUUUUUAUUACUCAUUG